AUGGCUAGCUUUGGUAUGGUUCUAGUCGUGGUACUUUGUCUCACAAUCUCAGUCUUUCCCGAUACAACCACCGCGCAGCUAAGCCGCGGUUUCUACUCCAAAACUUGCCCCAACGUCGAACAAAUCGUGAGAAAUGCCGUCCAAAAGAAAGUAAAGCAGACAUUCGUCACUAUACCUGCCACUCUCCGUCUCUUCUUCCACGACUGCUUUGUCAAUGGCUGUGAUGCCUCAGUCAUGAUCCAGUCAACGCCUAAGAACAAGGCAGAAAAGGAUCAUCCAGAUAACAUUUCGCUAGCCGGAGAUGGAUUUGAUGUGGUGAUGCAAGCUAAGAAAGCCCUUGACGCUAACCCUCAGUGCCGGAACAAGGUCUCAUGCGCUGAUAUUCUUACUUUGGCCACCCGAGAUGUCGUUGUUGCGGCUGGAGGACCGUCCUAUGAAGUCGAACUCGGUAGAUUCGACGGAUUGGUAUCAACUGCGUCUAGUGUCGAGGGAAACUUACCAGGACCUUCCGAUAAUGUAGACAAACUCAACGCUCUUUUCAAGAAAAACAAACUUACCCAAGAAGAUAUGAUUGCUCUUUCAGCGGCUCACACCCUUGGAUUCGCACAUUGCGGCAAGGUCUUUAAAAGAAUCUACAACUUCAACGGCAUCAACUCAGUGGACCCAACUCUAAACAAAGCUUACGCUAUAGAGCUUCAAAAGGCUUGUCCUAAGAAUGUGGACCCAAGAAUCGCUAUCAACAUGGACCCUGUCACCCCCAAGACAUUUGAUAACACUUACUUCAAGAAUCUUCAACAAGGCAAAGGUCUCUUCACCUCCGAUCAAGUUCUCUUCACCGACGGUCGCUCAAGACCCACCGUUAACGCUUGGGCCUCUAACUCUACGGCUUUCAACCGCGCUUUCGUGACGGCUAUUACCAAACUCGGCCGUGUUGGAGUCAAGAAUAGCCAUAAUGGUAACAUCCGUCGUGACUGCGGUGCGUUUAACUAGAGAUGAUGAUGAUGGAAUAAUAUAAAGCUAUUUCAUGACAAAAAAAAAAAAAA